AUGAACGCUAGUUACAUGAUACGCUAUGACCCGAACGAUUAUCAAAAAGUUAAUCAGAGCGAUACCUUAAUAGGUUAUAUUGCUCAGCACAAAACUCAAACGAAAACAAUUCGGCGAAUGUGGUUUGACGUUUCGAUAAAUAAAAUCCAAGAAUUGUCAUCUGCUGAUUUACGUCUCUAUCGUGAUAAUUCACAGAAAUUAAAUCGUUAUCAGGGUCUUUCAUUCAACAUCACAGUCUACAAAGUUUAUAUCAAUGACAACAACAAUGAAACCAAGUAUAUUUAUGCUAAUUCUCAAAUUGUUGAUGCUAACUAUCAAGGAUGGAUUGUUAUCAACAUCACCAGUUGCUUCCAGUGGUGGAUAGACAACCCGACACUCAACGAUGGCUUGAAGAUCGUAACGAUCCCAAUCUAUGACAACCAGUAUGUUAGAUCAGAACACAAUCCCGGUCAUAGAGUUAAACCAGAGGCAUUAGGAAUCGCUGGAUUUAAUGGAGAUCCAGAUAAAUUUGCUUUCGCUGUUGCUCACUAUAAAGAUUUAAACAUUUAA